AUGGAGGCCAUUGACCUGGUUCUCCCUCACUGGCCGGGAGUGAGCACAGACUUUGAGUCGGCAGAAAGGAAUGAAAAGCUACGGCGUGAGACCUGGAAAGCCCUGGAGACCAUGAAGAAGGACGGCUUGGUCAAGCAGAUCGGGGUGUCCAACUACAACGAUCGUCAUCUCACGGAGCUGCUCGAGUAUGCUGAGACUCGGCCUAUGGCAAGCCAGUUUGAGAUCCAUCCCUUCAACACCCGCGAGAAGCUGGUGCAGAAGUGCCAGGAACUUGGGAUCAAAGUGAAUGCCUAUUCGCCGCUGGGAGGUAAGGGCAACCCCAACCAGGCACGGCUGGCACUUUGUUUUGCUUUGGCUUGA